UUUGCGUGGGCGAUGGGCGGGCGCAACCAUUUGCCACAACUGUGCGAAUAAUAGAUCAGUUAAAACAAAUUAGAAACUAUCUAGAAAUGCACAGUAGUCGUCUUAGUGUUUCCUCGAGCAAUGUCGGAUCGUCAUCAACGUGGCUGUAUGCCAGACGCAGCCGUGGAUUAUCAAGCAGUGCCGUUACAUGCAGAUGCAACGGCUGAAAUUAUCAAUCGAAAUUCAAACUCAACAACAACAACAAAAUCAACAUCAUAUUGCAGGCGUCCCACGACGCCAGCAGUGGAUGAAGAACGUGCCUUGUGCUGUGUGCACGGCUACAUUAUACCCGUCCUAAUACUAUUUGUGCUUGUGCUAAUUGUGUUGUUGUUGCCGUGGGAGACGUUAAACCGACAUACAGACAUAAACACCCCCGUUGAGCUCCCGUUGCCUUGUCAACUGCAAUUGGUGGAGACUUUGCCCAUUGGCCUAAACUAUUCGCAGGGUAGUCCAAACUUCCUCAGUACGUUCGAGGCGUGGCAGCUGCUGUUGGACAAGGCAAAAGCCAGCAUUGAUAUUGCUGCACCCUAUUGGACACUACGGGGCCUGGACAUUAACGAUACGAGCACUCGACCCGGCGAGCAGCUUUUCCAGCGAUUGCUCUCGAAUGGUGAUGCGGGAAAACCAAAGUUACGCAUACGUAUAGCGCUUAACAAGAGCUUGGAGAGCUAUUGGCACGCGGAUGCCAAGAUCUUUGCCAACUAUGGUGCCGCACAAAUUGUGGCUGUCAAGCUGCCCCACAAUGGAGCACUGCACACCAAGCUCUGGAUCGUGGAUGGCGAACACUUCUAUUUGGGCAGUGCGAACAUGGACUGGCGUUCGCUGACCCAGGUCAAGGAACUAGGCGUGCUUGCCCAGAACUGUCCCGAAUUGACACGUGAUUUGUCCAAGAUCUUCAAGGCAUAUUGGCAAAUUGGCAGCAAUAAAGAUGCUUCCAUACCCAACCAGUGGUCAUGGCUAUUUCAAUCCAAUUACAAUCAACGUCGUCCCUUGUUUAUUCGAGUGAAUAGAAACUAUACAAUGAGUGCUUACAUUUCAAGUGCACCUCCGGCACUUACUGCCACUGGACGCACUAAUGAUCUGGACGCCAUUCUCCAUUGCAUAGAGACUGCUAGUGAAUUUGUGCAUAUUGCCGUCAUGGAUUAUUUCCCUUUAACCGUCUAUGGCUCCAACGUGGAGUAUUGGCCUCCCAUUGACAAUGCGCUGCGGAAAGCAGCUGUGGAGCGAGGUGUGGCUAUUAAGUUGCUGAUAUCCUGGUGGAAGCAUUCGGAUCCCAACGAGGACAACUAUCUGCGUUCACUGCAGGAGUUGUCCACCUCAAACCAACAAAUAGACAUACAAAUUCGCCGCUUUGUUGUGCCGUCGGACGAGCAACAAUUGAAAAUACCCUUUGGCAGGGUUAAUCAUAAUUCCUAUAUGGUCACCGAAAGGAUUGCAUACAUAGGCACCUCCAAUUGGUCUGGCGAAUACUUUACCCACACAGCUGGCGUUGGUCUCGUCUUAUCCGAUGUGGAUUUUGAGAAUAAUACACAGAGUACAUUGCGCGCAGAUGUUUUUAAUGUAUUUGCACGUGAUUGGUAUAGUCCAUAUGCCCUGCCACUGAAACCUAAUUUGCAUAUUUAAAUUAUUUUAAGUUUCGCGCGCUGCUAAUUGUCAAUUGGUUGUUUUACAACACUGCCACUGACAGCUGCUGAAUGUCAUAACAAGCAAUCAAUUCCAACCUCAAUUAAUAGUUAAUGUGAAACAAAUGUUUUUUUAAAUGUCAACUAUUUUUAUAUUUUGCAAACAUAAAUAUUAAGGCAAAGAUGUAUUUGAUGUACCCGAAUAACAGUUCAUAUGCGUUGUUACUGAAAUGUUUUUAA